ACCCUGUGCUGAGUACAUGUCUGCAUGCCGACCUGCCCUGACCUGCCCUAUACAUAUCGUUAAAUUCUCCCUUGCAUAGGGGACUGUAUGAAUCCCUUACAUACAAUAGUCACAAUUGAACGAUGUCGAAUUUUCAAACCAUCCUUGACCAGAUUCCUCAAGAUACGAAAGUCAAAUUAGCAGCCAUUGACGCUGAUGGAGUAUUGCGAGGGAAGUUAGUCUCGAAGGAUAAAUUCAUCUCUUGCAUCAAGUCUAAUGGCCUAGGUUGGUGUAGCGUAGUCUUCGGUUGGGAUAUACAAGACCAGACUUAUCAGCCCGAGCUAUCGAUCUCAAAUACUCAAAACGGCUACCGUGACCUUACCGCUCGGAUCGAUUUAAAUUCUUUUCGUCGAAUCCCAUGGGAAUCUCAAAUUCCCUUCUUCCUUGUUGACUUCAUCGAUCCUGAAGAUUCGACCAAAGCCCUCUGUGCUUGUCCUAGAGGAUUAUUGAAAAGCGUCUUAGACAGAUUGAAACUGAUCGACUUGCAUGCAUUUGCUGGAAUCGAGUAUGAAUACUUUCAAUUCAAGGAAACUCCUGAAUCUAUCAAGGAGAAGGCUUUUGUCAAUCUAAAGACUUUAACACCUGGUAUGCACGGAUACUCGCUUUUACGACCGAAUCUCAAUCAGGAAUACUUUCACGACCUCUUCGACUCUGCAUCAGCAUUUGGGAUCCCAAUCGAAGGUCAUCACACUGAAACAGGUCCUGGGGUAUAUGAAACUGCUUUAGCAUACACCGAUGCAUUGCAGAUGGCAGAUAAUGCAUCUCUCUUCAAGUUGACUGCCAAAAGUAUCGGAAUGAAGUAUGGAAUCAUACCAUCCUUCAUGGCCAAGCCGCAUGCCAACCUCCCAGGAUGUUCAGGACAUGUUCACAUCUCACUACGCUCUCUUUCAACCUCCAAGAAUGCUUUCGUUAAUUCUGAAGCCUCUUCGUCAGCUUGGCCGGAUCACACUUCGAAUCUCUCAGUGAUUGCUGAGCAGUUCAUUGCUGGAUUGAUUGCAUGCUUACCCGAUCUUAUUCCUUGCCUUAUUCCUACUGUGAAUGGUUACAAACGUCUGGUUGAAGGUUUUUGGGCUGCAACACAGGUAACAUGGGGACUAGAUAGCCGACUCGCAUCAGUCCGAGUCAUUGCACCCCCUAUGUGCUCAGUGGAAGCCACCAGGCUUGAGGUCAGAGUUCCGGGAGCCGACAUGAAUCCUCAUUAUGCACUCGCUGCCAUCAUUGGUGCAGGACUUUACGGGAUUGAGCAAAAACUAGAGUUGAAAGAAUACCCACCAAUCGAUUCACAAGAUGCUUCGACCAAUCGCCCGGUAUCACUACCUAAGACCUUGGAGCAAGCUACGAUACAAUUCAUGAGACCAGAGAGCAAGGCUCGAAUAAUUCUAGGAAAUGGUUUUGUGGACCAUUUUGGAAAGACCAGAGAACACGAAUGGAAGUUAUACACGCAAACUGUGACGAAUUGGGAGUUAGAAAGGUAUCUUGAACUUGCGUAGGAUGCGAACUUCUCGGAAUAUUUGGGUCAUCCAUUAGUGGCCCAGACAUUGAACUCAACUUGAGGGUGAUGAUUCAUACCCCUUCAAUACCCGCGUUUCCACUUGACUCAUGUGAUUUUAUGGGUGCUGAUCAAGUAGUUUGAUGUCACUAGACUGAGAUAUUGUAUCAUGCUAUUUACUGUAUUUGGAUGUAAGAAGAUAAGGGAGAGUACCAAAGUAUUAAUUUGGUAAAAGGCCUUCCAAAAUUUUC